CACACCUCCGUGGGCGGGGCCAGGGCAGCCUGGGCAGGAAGGGUAUAAAGCCAGUAGGAUUCCAGUUUCACUACAUCAGGAGACAGCAGGUAGGAGAAGACGCCACAGACGGAACAGACCAUAUACUACUGUAGUGUACCUUUACAAGGAGCCAUGGUGAAGUGUGUAGCCGUAAUUCUGUCAGGGUGUGGAGUCUAUGAUGGGACUGAGAUCCACGAGGCGUCAGCUGUACUGGUCCACCUCAGCAGGGCUGGAGCUAAGGUCCAGAUGUUUGCCCCCAACGUGGACCAAAUGCAUGUAGUGAACCACUGUGAGGGGAAACCCACAGCUGAGAAACGCAACGUCCUGGAGGAGAGUGCUCGAAUCGCCCGCGGCGAUGUGUCUGACCUUGCCAAGCUAGAGAUCACCGCCUUCGACGCCCUCGUUAUCCCAGGCGGUUUUGGCGUGGCUAAAAAUCUGUCUGACUGGGCUGUGAAGGGGAAGGAGUUCACGGUUCAACCCCAGGUAGAGAAGCUGAUUAAGGGGUUCCACGCUGCAGGCAAGCCCCUGGCUAUGUGCUGCAUCUCCCCUGUCCUAGCUGCUAAGGCCCUGCCGGGGUGUGAGAUCACCGUGGGACAGGACAAGGUGUGUGAGAGAUGGCCCCAUGCCCAGACGGCAACUUCCAUGAAGGAGCUGGGCUGUAAACACGUGAAUAAGAAAGUGGGGGAGGUCCACAUCGAUGUGAAGAACAAGCUGGUCACCUCCUCCGCCUUCAUGUGUAACGCUCCCAUACACGAGGUGUUUGACGGGGUGGGUGUCAUGGUUACAGAACUGCUCAAACUGGCCUAGGACACGUCUGAGAUUCAGAAUACUGAUUAGCUGUGCUUCUCAAAAGGCACCCUGUUCCCUUUAUAGUGCUGAUGUGACCUUCCCAAAAGGCACCUUGUUCCCUUUAUAGUGCUGAUGUGAUCUUCUCAAAAGGCACCCUGUUCCCUUUAUAGUGCUGAUGUGAUCUUCUCAAAAGACACCCUGUUCCCUUUAUAGUGCUGAUGUGAUCUUCCCAAAAGACACCCUGUUCCCUUUAUAGUGCUGAUGUGAUCUUCCCAAAAGACACCCUGUUCCCUUUAUAGUGCUGAUGUGAUCUUCUCAAAAGGCGGGAAUCGGGAGCCAUUUGGGAAGUGAUCUCACAAUCAUGUUUGUUGUUGUUGUUGUUGUUUGUUUACCUGGAGACCCUCCUGAUCGGAAUGUAAUGGACACACAGAAGAACCAGAAGAAGAUAGUGCUUCUGUUGCUUCAUCUGUCUGACUGUGGGAUGACUUGUGUUUUUAUCAACAUCGUAAUAAAAGUAAAACCAAAUUCUGGAA